AUGUCCUUCCUUACGGACCUACGUUUUGCUGGCGGUAGCACCGUGUUGCAGAGCUUGAUUCCAACGAUACUUCUCGCCACGACACAGAAGCAAUCGAUUAUUCGGUAUCUCGCAAUUCUAUGCAUGGUGUGGAUCGCAAGCCAAAAUGUGCGCCAAAUGAAUCGAUUCUGUGGAUUGUCCACGUUUAUCACGGGACAAACGUUCCUAAAUAUCCCUCAAGCCGCGAAUCUCCUGCUGAUCAACCCUCUUGAUGCGGAUGACCUCGCCCGCGAGGAACCUGGACGUACGAAAACUUUCACUGGGCGUAUGUGCUACUCCUUCGAGCUGCUAUGCCAAAAUCGGGGUGUGGGAACUCCUCGACAGGUGAAGGGCAUUCCCUCGUACCCAGCAUACUAUCGCUAUACAAAGAAAGCGGGCAUCACUCUCGUUCCCCGAUGUGCUUUUUUGCUACGACAGCUGGCUAUUCUAACCUGGCAGUACGCUGUAUGCGAUAUCAUCCAGUUCGUCGGUCGCCAACGGGCAUCAGGACCAACGGCUGUAGUGUUCACAGAACCCGAGUGGAAUGUGCCCCUUGGUGAAUGGAUUGAGCGUUGUAUAAUGCAUUCUAUUUCUUGGUUUCUGAUUUCCCGGGUAUUCAUCGAUUCUCGUUAUCGUUUGGUCUCGAUCGUUACCGUCGGACUAGGGAUGAAUUCUCCCCUAGACUGGCCGCCAUUGUUUGGGAGAAUAGCCGAUGCUUAUACGUUACGACAGUUCUGGGGGACUUUUUGGCAUCAGCUGCUACGGCAGCCGUUUACAGCAAUCAGCAACUGGAUCGCCCGCGACAUAAUGCAUCUUCCUAGGCCAUCAGUACUGGAACGAUACACGAAUAUUUGCCUUGUGUUCCUUCAAUCAGGUCUAUUACAUGUUUUGCUAGAUGCUGUUGUGGGCAUGCCUACGCGGUACUCCGGCGCAUUGCCCUUUUUCACAAGUUUCACACUGGGGAUCAUGAUCGAAGAUGGUAUUCAAGAACUUUACAAACGGAUGACAGGAUCUGAGGGUCAUAUUGUUCCAAGAUGGAAACGAGCUGUUGGCCACCUGUGGGUUAUAAUAUGGCUGGGUGUUACAUCAACGUGGUAUCUGCGCCCUAUUAGCCAAAAUACUCCUCCACACGAGCUGAGUAUAGUUCCAUUUAGCAUAUCGGAUCGCGUUGGACUUACACCGGUUGUUGGAUUUACUGCAGUAAGCGGUCUUGCUCUGAUCUCCAGAUUUGGUAUUGAAAUCUGA